CAGAUCGAACUACGUCACGAGACACCAUAUGACUUUUCACCUAUAUAUAUAGAUAUGCAUAUACCUUUAACUGUAAAGUCAGCUGAUUUUGACUGACUGCUUCUCAGAUGCAAGUGGAAGAAAAAAAUAUGGUCAGAGACGAGUAUCCAGCAUCGGAGGAAAUGAAAAAGGAAGGAGAUAUGGAGGAGACGAUGCAAACGGAGGAAACUAAUCGCAACGACGCCGACGAAGAAAUGAACAAUACCGAGAUCGAAGAACAUUCCGAUGAUAUUUGCGAGUAUCUUGAGAACGAUGUAUAUCCUGAAGAUAUAUAUAUUGAUACAAGUAUAAAGGCAUUAGAAGAUGAAUUGGAUCAUUUGCAAACUGCUUUGGAUCAUUUGGAAAGGAAAAACGAUGAUAUACAUGCACAGUUGACCGAAUUAUUACAGUCUAAUCGUGAAGCUAGGAAACAGUUUCAGGAAUCAUUACAAGUCGAAGGACAACAAUCAAAGUGAUAAUUAUUCUGUACUUAGAAAAUCAUGUUUGUUGAUUUGAUGCUGUCUGAAGAUACUCCCAAGUAUUAUUUUCUGAUCUUGUAAAUGGAUUGUUUUAUGUAUCUAUAAGAAUGAAAAACAUUUAUAAUCUCUCUCUCUAUCCCGAUUAAUCAUAUUUGUUAGUGAUUAAGCAAAGAAAUUUCAACAACAUUCCUAAUAACAAAAAUAAAAUUGAAUUAAUUUAUCGUGUAAUUUAUUAUGCAUAUAUAUGUAUACACAUAUAUAUUUGGAAAUAUUAAUGCACUUUUAUUUAUUACGAAUAUCGAUGUUAAUUGAAUUGCAAUUGUAAUUAAAAAAACAUUCUUGUACAUGUUAUGCAAAAUAUAUAUUUUUU